AUGCAACUGAGGAGCUGCACAUGGACAGUACUUCUAGUAGUAAUUUUGCACAUUACAAGUACAACUCCAGUACCGUUUCGUAGUGACGACUAUUUCUACUUGGAUCCCGAUAUGGACGAUGACGUGGAGUAUAUUCAGAAUGUUGAUUUAGCGGACGCAGACUAUCGACCGAACGAAUCUGAAUCUGACUAUGUUAUGCAUCCUCGAUCGGCUGAAACUACAACGGAAUGUGAGACCGAACCACCAAAACAUAGCGAAACUCAUACAUCCACUCCGCACGGUCCAGUGCCAACAACAUGCAUAGCCAUAAUCCCAGGCGCAACUCCAAAGUCGCCAAUUUUGGAACCGGCGACCCAGCCACCACAACCAGCUCAACCAAUGCAACCAAUGCAACCACCCCAGCCUGCUCCGCCACCGCAACCACUACCUCCAUCACCCGCUCCAUCUACUCCUGCCCCAUUACUACCAUCUACCAAAACACCUCAAACAAUUUCGGCUUCUUCUACAGAAACCGAAACGACGACUUGCAUACCGGAAGAUGAGUCAACACCGAAGCCAACCACAUUGCCAUAUCCCUAUUUGCGCCCAGUAGAGGCGACUACUUGCAUACCAAUGAAAAUUGGGGUAGGCGGAGUUAAUGUUUCCACGUUUGAAGGCUUACUUAUGCCGCCAUCUUCUCUGUUUCCGGCUGCGUCAUUAACAGAGCAGGAAGGCAAAACGCGCGCACUGCACUCACUUGUACAGCACUUGUAUGUGGCUCAAGCGCGCGUCCAGCUGGAGGCAAUCGAAAUCAAGAAGGCUCAAGCCGUGGCGAAUUCCGCCCAACAACAACUCGAAGAGGCAGCCAAUCAUGUGCGAAGUGUGACGGCAGCACUGCAAAAUGCCCAGCAAGAGGUUGCUUCGGCUGCGAUACGUGCACAAACGGCACAACUGCAGCUGGCCGCUCACGAUCAGUUGUUGUUCGCGGCGCGGCAAGAUGUCGAUGCGCUAUCAUCCCAAAUGGUUGGCCUACAGGCCGCCGAAGGUAUCGCAGUGCCGACGGUGAAAUUUGAUAUCGGCAGUCUGCUGGAUAAGCUAAAACAACCAUUGUCUGCAGCGGAGCGACCCACUGCUGUGCCACCCGUGAUGGCGAUGCAAGAGGCGGCACCCGCGGAACCAUCACCGCUGUAUGUUGACUAUGAUUAUGAUUAA